UAGUCCUUGGAGUCUCCAUAGGUUGCCCUUUUCCCCUAGUGACCAGGAUGCAUCUUUCUUGCGUUGGGUUUGCCUGAGAUCAGGAAGCCUGCGGGGAAGAACAUGAAAAGAAUUUAGUUCUCCUCAGAUAUUUAUCUGAUCAACAAAGGUUAAAAGUGCGUGCAAGAAAAUCGAACCAGCAUCAAAAUUGCAAAUCAUGUAUUCAUUUGUAAUGUGAAUGGUUCCGUCAACGAGGGGAGAUGGAAGAUGAAAUUGGUGGCUGGGGCUGGGUCGAGACUGGGCGCACGUGGCAGUUCACAAAUUUAUCAGAUGUCAUGUAAUUAAUUGCACCUUUUAUCUUUUUGCACACUGAAGUCUUCUUAAUGGAUGGGACUUUGGCAAAAUGACCCCCCCCCCUUGAAAAAUAACGGCCAGUGGAUGGUUGGGCUUUGCGGUUUUUACUCUCAACUUACCGGAGGCGCGUGAAAGGAGUAUUUGGGUGGGAGGGGCUUACGGGUUCAGAUGCAUUUAUUGGCUUUCAAAGUUGUAAAAGAGAGUCUGAGGCUGACAUAGGACUUAUUGCCAGCUCUGAGAGGAAAAUGGUUCAUUAAAACUGCAGGCAGGAAUUAUGUCCAUUCUUUUCUUUUUUUAAAAAAUAUUUUUUCCAAAUCGAAGAAGCUCUUUGUUCCAGCCAGCUCCACAUCUCCACGGCACCAGAGAUCCCGACUCACCUCGUUUGAUUUCCUUUGAAAGGCCCGUUUGCUGACGGAAAACAGAGAAAACGAAAGUCAUUUUCUCUUCCUGGUGAGGUAGCUAUGGCUGAUCUCAGGGGCCCCGUCCAGGAUCUCAACGAGGAAGCCACUUGUCCGAUCUGCCUGGAGUAUUUUCGGGAUCCAGUGAUCAUCCCGGAAUGCGGGCACAACUUCUGCCGAGCCUGCCUGAGCCAGUGCUGGGAGAAAUCCGAGGCAGAGGCUUCCUGCCCUCAGUGCAGGGAAAGGAUUCCGCACAGGAAUCUCAUCCGGAAUCGGCCGCUGGCGAAUGUUGUAGAAAUACUUAUAGCCAAGAAGAAACUCGGCCUUCAAGAGGAGAUAGAAGGAAAGGGAAGAAUCUGCGAGAAGCACCAGGAGCCGCUGAAACUCUUCUGCAAGGACGAUGAAGCGCCCAUCUGUGUGGUGUGUGACAAAUCCAAGGAGCACAAAGGUCACGAGGUGAUUUCUCUUGAGGAGGCUUCCCAGGAGUACAAGGAUCAGAUCUGUAGCUGCCUAGACAAUUUAAGGAAGGAGAGAGAGAAAAUUCUGGCAUUGAAAGUGAGCAUUGAGAAGGAAAGCCAAGACCUGCUUAAACGAAUAGAAUCAGAGAGAGAAAAGACAGUGGCCGAGUUCAGACGACUGCACCAGCUUCUGGAAGAACAAGAGAAGCUUCUACUGGACCAGAUGGAAGAGGUGGAGAAAGAGGUUGCAAGGAAAAGGGAAGAGCACCUGGCCAGGCUCUCUGAGAAACUCUCCUCUCUUGAAAGCGUCAUCCAGGAGAUGGAGGAGAAGCGUCAGCAACCAGCCAGUGAACUCCUGCAGGAUAUCAGAAGCUUCUUGCAGAGGUCUCAGGCAAAGGAGAACCUUGAGGAUCCUCCUGUGGCUUUCCCCCCUGCACUGAAGUGGAAGAUCUGGGAUUUCUGCGAUAUAAAUCCCUUCCUGGAGGGUGUCAUAAAGCAAUUCAGAGAUACUCUGGGAUCUGGACUUCAGCUGCAAAAAGGGAGCUCUAAAUUGCACCUGGGGCAUUACAUUCUCCCCACUUUUCUGGGCAGUGAGAAGCUCCAGCGAGGCCCCAUCUCCAAACCCGUCCUGCAUGAUACAGAGGAGGAACCCCUACCCAGCGCCCCACCACCUUAUAGGCAACCUACGGAUGAGGAGACGCCCACCAGCCCACCAUCAAACCCCAGCACACCUGAAGUGACUACCCCUUCGAGUCCAACAGCACCCCAAGAGACAGUGACCACCCCCCAUUUUGAAAACCUCCCGAAUUGUUCCCAGUGUCAAAUAGGAAGCGGUCAGAGGUAUAUUCACGAAAUCCACACCAGCGCGGCAAGCACCCCCCAAGAAAAAACUCUUAAAGAAGAGAGACUGCGCGUUUUAGACGAAGCUGUAGAAGCGGCUACUAGAAGGAGGGAGGACGUUAGGGAGCAUAGAAGUGGCAACAGUUAUCUCCAGGCCCCCAUGAGACAGGUCCUUGAUGGAACUGGGCAUUUGGCAUAUGUCUAUGUCCCUUUCACGACCUCUGACCUGAUUAAUUGGAAGAAUCAAACACCCCCAUUAAGGGAGGACCCCGGGAAAGCUUAUCAUUUGUGGCAGUCAAUAUUUGCCUGUUACCACCCCAGUUGGGCGCACAUCCAAACCUUGAUGAACUUCUUGCUAACGCCCGAAGAGAAAAGCUUAGUUAUUGGACAGGCCCGUAGACAGGCCGAGGCCGACAGGGUGGCUGCUGGACGGUUCGCAGCAGCCGUCACCAUCACCAUGCCAGAGGAAGACCCAAAUUGGGACGCCGCACCCAGCAAGAGCCCCGAGCUCAAAAAUUACCGCCGCCUCAUUCUUCUUGGUUUGCAAAAUGCUAUACCCAAGCCCACCAAUAUGAGUAAACUGUACGAGAUUAGACAAGGUAAAGAUGAAGAUCCCUCUUCUUUCCUUGUUCGACUGCAAGAAACUAUGAGGAAGUACACACCCCUAGAUCCAGCCGCGGCCAAUAAUCAGAGACUGUUAGUUACACUUUUCAUAGAACAGAGUGCCCAAGAUAUUAGAAGGAAGUUGCAGAAAGUCGAGGGAGCAGUGGGAAUAAACUUGAGUCAAUUGAUGGACAUUGCCUAUAAGGUGUUUGUGAAUAGAGAUGAGAAGGAAAAAAAAGAGGACCAGCGUAUGUUUAAAUGGCAGUGCGCGGUGAUGGCCGCAGUCAUGCAGAAAGAUGGCGACAGAGGAAAGGGAGAAGGAGGCAGGGGGCAACGCCCCAUAAGGAGAUUGGAAAGGGAUCAGUGCGCCAAAUGCCUCAAGAAAGGGCAUUGGGCAAAAGACUGUGAGGGUGAAGAGCGUAAGAAACCCACACCCCCGCCCCUCUCAGCAUAUGCUGAAGGGGAUUCAGAUCUCUGCGAGGAAGCCACUUGUCCCAUCUGCCUGGAGUAUUUCCGGGAUCCAGUGAUCAUCUCGGAGUGCGGGCACAAGUUCUGCCGAGCCUGCCUGAGCCGAUCCAAGGAGCACACAGGCCACAAGGUGAUUCCUCCGGGAGAGGCUUCCCAGGAGUACCAGAGAGACUGCGUUUCAGCUAACUUCCCAUCUCAGGGCAGCAAACAGUCACCACCACGUUUAAAUUUCCCGGGAAAGAAACGGCCAGUUGCUGACGAAAAAGAAAGGAAACGAAACUCAUUCUGUCUUCCUGGUGGGGCUGCCAUGGCUGAUCUCUGGGGUCCCGUCCAGGAUCUCUGCGAGGAAGCCACAUGUUCCAUCUGCCUGGAGUAUUUCUGGGAUCCAGUGAUCAUCCCCGAGUGCGGGCACAACUUCUGCCGAGCCUGCCUUAGGCGGUGCUGGGGGAAAUCCGAGGCAGAGGCUUCCUGCCCUCAGUGCAGAGAAAGGGUUCAGCGAAGCAGCAUUAGGCCGAACCGGCAGCUGGCAGACAUUGCAGAAAUCGCCAGGAAGCUCAGCCUGCAGCGGGGAAAGGGGGCGGAACGAAAGGGGAGAGUCUGCGAGAAGCACCAAGAGCCCCUGAAACUCUUCUGCAAGGACGAUGAAGCGCCCAUCUGUGUGGUGUGUGACAGAUCCAAGGAGCACAAAGGUCACGAGGUGAUUCCUCUGGAAGAGGCUUCCCAGGAGUACCAGGAACAGAUCAGCAUCUCCCUAGAAAGUCUGAGGAAGGAGAGAGAGAAAAUCCUGGCAUUUGAAGCAGACACAGAGAAGGAAAGCCAAGACCUGCUUGAAAGAACAGAAUCAGAGAGAGAGAAGAUGGUGGCUGAGUUCAGACGGCUGCACCAGUUUCUGGAAGAACAAGAGAAGUUUCUGCUGACCCAGAUGGAAGAGGCGGAGGAGGAGAUUGCAAGGAAAAGGGAUAAACACCUGGCCAGGCUCUCCAAAGAGCUCUCCUCCCUUGAAAAUAUCAUCCAGGAGAUGGAGGACAAGCGUCAGCAGCCAGCCAGUGAACUCCUGCAGGAUAUUGGAAGCUUCUUGCAGAGGUCUCAGGCAAAGGAGAACUUUGAGAAUCUUCCUGUGGCUUUUCCUCCUACACUGAAGUGGAGGAUCUGGGAUUUUUGUGAUAUAAAUCCCUUCCUGAAGGGUGUCAUGAAACAAUUCAGAGAUGCUCUGGGAGCUGGACUUCAGCUGCAAAAAGAAAAUAUAACUUUGGAUCCAGCCACAGCCCAUCCCCGCCUCUACGUGUCUGAGGAUCUCAACAGUGUGACAUGGGGAGGAAAAUGUCUCACUCUGCGCAACAAUGCUGAGAAAAUUGACGUAUACGUGCUGGGAUAUUAUGGAUUCACUGCAGGCAGACACUUCUGGGAAGUCACUGUGGAAAGUGUGGAAAUAUGGGCUGUGGGGGUUGCCAUUAAGGGUCUGUCCUCUUGUGAAGGAAUCUGGCAUAUGGGGAAGUGGGUAAGGGGAUACAGGGCUAAUUGCUCCCGUAUCUCCCUUCCUGUGUCCCUGAGGGAGGAGCCCAAGAGGAUCCGAGUGGCUCUGAACUGCGAAGGGGGACGGGUGGCCUUUUACGAUGCUGACAGAGCAGCCCUUCUCUACACAUUCCAGGCAACCUCAUUCUCCAGAGAGACCCUUUGGCCCUGGUUUUGUGUAAUAAAUGAAGGCCGCCUGGCACUCCUUGCUUAAGGGUGAAGUCAAAUUACAUAAGCUGACUGUAGUUGUGACACAUGUGCAGCCUCCCCUCCCCCCUCAGGUUCAAGCUCAGAGGAGACUUUGGGCUGGUUCAUACAGGGACUUGCUGUGAGAUUGAUGCUACUUCCGUGCUCAUUUAAUUUGAAGGGGUCACAUGACGUUGCAGGCAAGGCGAAGGUAUGUCGCUGCUUUCCCCUUUUAAUCCAUCUUAAACCAAUCCACUGAGAAUGCAAAAAGUGAAGGAAAAACUGUCUCCACUUCGCUGCAUUCCUGCAUGUGGGUGCUUUGCUCCGAUGUUUUUUGCUGGGUACUCCCCUUUUUCUGCCCACGAAACUCUCCAGGAAUUUCAUUUUGUUUCCAUCAACUUAACCAGGUGCUUCCGGUUGCACUAGCCUUCCUUUCCCCCGAUGUGACAGAACAUGUCUGCACACACACUGUCGCCCUAAAAAUUGCAUUUCAUACGUACUUAGUAAAAAAAGGGUUUUUUUCCUACAAAUGAGAGCCAGUGUGGUAUAGUGGUUAAGGUGUUGGACUAUGACCUGGGAGACCAGGGUUCAAAUCCCCACACAGCCAGGAAGCUCACUGGGUGACCUUGGACCAGGUACCGCCUCUCGGCCUCAGAGGGAGGCAAUGGGAAACCCCCUCUGAAUACCGCUUACCAUGAAAACCCUAUCCAUAGGGUCGCCAUAAGUCGGGAUCGACCUGAAGGCAGCACAUUUCAUUUUUUUUUACUCUAAAUGUUGCUGCAGGUACUUGUCCUGCUCUUCCACCUCAGCCAGGUACAGCGCCGGUUUCUCGGUGCGCUCCGUGGGGUGGACCUGGCAGGGGCUUCCCUCCUCAGCAACUUCCAGCUCAGCCUGUUGGCAGCAACUGCCAUGGUCUGAGGCAGUGGUUCUCAAAACUUUUUGGUUCGUGGCGCACUGUAAAACAUAAAAAAAUUUCUGGAGCACUUCGUGUACAAAAUUAAAAAUAUAUUAAUUGAUCAUGGAUGUAAUAAAUCUAUACAAAUGG